CCCAACCUGAACCCCAACCCCCUCAUCAACGUGCGCGACCGGCUGUUCCACGCACUCUUCUUCAAGAUGGCUGUCACCUACUCGCGGCUCUUCCCUCCCGCCUUCCGCCGCCUCUUCGAGUUCUUCGUGCUGCUCAAGGCCCUGUUUGUGCUCUUCGUGCUGGCCUACAUCCACAUCGUCUUCUCCCGCUCACCCAUCAACUGCCUGGAGCAUGUGCGUGACAGGUGGCCGCGGGAGGGCAUCCUUCGCGUGGAGGUGCGGCACAACUCGAGCCGCGCACCCGUCUUCCUGCAGUUCUGUGAUGGCGGCCGCCAGAGCUUCUCGGGCCUGGCUGUGGAGCCAGGAGGCCUGGAGCUGGAGGAGGAGGAGGAGGAGCUGACCAUGGAGAUGUUUGGGAACAGCUCUGUUAAGUUUGAGCUGGACAUUGAGCCCAAGGUGUUCAAGCCACCAGGUGGAGCUGAGGCCUUGAAUGACAGCCAGGAAUUUCCCUUCCCGGAGACACCUGCCAAAGUGUGGCCCCAGGAUGAGUACAUCGUGGAGUACUCGCUGGAAUAUGGCUUUCUGCGGCUGUCACAGGCCACGCGCCAGCGCCUCAGUAUCCCCGUCAUGGUCGUCACGCUGGAUCCUACUCGAGACCAGUGCUUUGGGGACCGGUUCAGCCGCCUGCUGCUGGAUGAGUUCCUGGGCUAUGAUGACAUCCUCAUGUCCAGUGUGAAGGGCCUGGCUGAGAAUGAGGAGAACAAGGGCUUCCUGCGGAACGUGGUGUCUGGUGAGCACUACCGCUUUGUCAGCAUGUGGAUGGCCCGCACAUCCUACCUGGCCGCCUUCGUGAUCAUGGUCAUCUUCACACUCAGCGUGUCCAUGCUGCUCCGCUACUCCCACCACCAGAUCUUCGUCUUCAUCGUGGACCUGCUGCAGAUGCUGGAGAUGAACAUGGCCAUCGCCUUUCCCGCAGCACCUCUGCUGACUGUCAUCCUGGCCCUCGUCGGGAUGGAGGCCAUCAUGUCUGAGUUCUUCAACGACACCACCACAGCCUUCUACAUCAUCCUCAUCGUGUGGCUGGCUGACCAGUACGAUGCCAUCUGCUGCCACACCAACAUCAGCAAGCGGCACUGGUUGCGGUUCUUCUACCUGUACCACUUCGCUUUCUACGCCUACCACUACCGCUUCAAUGGGCAGUACAGUAGCCUGGCCCUGGUCACAUCCUGGCUGUUCAUCCAGCAUUCCAUGAUCUACUUCUUCCACCACUACGAGCUGCCAGCCAUCCUGCAGCAGAUCCGCAUCCAGGAGAUGCUGCUACAGAGCCCACAGCUGGGUCCUGGGACGCCCACAGCGCUGCCCGACGACCUGAACAACAACUCUGGCACCCAAGCCACCACCCCUGACCCUGCAGGCCAGCCACUCGCCCUGGGCCCGGGCUCCACUGGAGUCGGCGGAGGGCCUGGGCCUGGAGCUGCAGCACCCAGCUCCCUGGGGGCUGUGGCAGCAUCUGUGGCAGCAGCCACUGGAAGUGACCUGGGCUGGAUGGCCGAGACAGCUGCCAUCAUCUCUGAUGCCUCAUUCCUGUCUGGCCUGAGUGCCUCACUAUUGGAGCGACGGCCUGCGAGAUCCCUGAGCCCCAGCGGGAGCCCACCCCACACCUCCCAGGACAGUGCUCCUCAGAGUGACUCAUUGGCAUCUGAUGCAGCCCCAACGGAGGCUUCGGGGAGUGGACCCAGCCCUGCCACCCCAGGCUCAACAGAUGCACCUUCCCAGGUCGGGUCCUGAGAAGCCCCUGAGCCACCUGUCCCUGCUUCUGCAGCUGGUGGGGCGGAGGAAGCCAUCCCUGGGGGGCACCAGUGUCCUCUACCUCCUUCUUCCGGACCACCUGUCUGCUCAGGAUGGUGGGGGGUUCAUCCAGUUUGUGAGAGGUGGGGCCUGUCUUGCCAGAUCAGAUGUGGAGCCCACCAAGGCUUGACCUGCUAGUCAGCUGGGUUUGUGGUGGUCUGUGAAGGGGAUGGAGUGGAGACUUGGAAGGUUCUGGAAGAUCUGAGUGUACUGGCCCAUGUGCAGUCCAGGGCAGCAGUAGGUCAAGGGUGGGCAAGGCUACCACGCGGAGGAGCAGGCAGGGCGGGACGGGGCCUCGCACACCUUUGUGCUGUCCAGCCCUGCCUGGUGCUCCCUGCGCAGUGCCUUCUCCACGGCCACCCCUGUCCACGAGAGCGACCAGCCUGGGGUCCCCAAGAGAGAAGAGCUGCGGCUCAGGCGCAGGGACACAGGUGCCAAGAGCAGUGGCCAGGGUCCAGCCCUGCUCGCAUGGGAGUGGCCGGGUCAGGCUGCUCAUUCCAUUCUAUUUAAUUGCGGUGUACGAAGUUGUUUGUAUAUAGAAUAAACUGUCUGUGGACAGGG